AUGCGGCUCAAGCGGGUGCGGGCCCACGCCCGGCGCCUCCACGCGCUCUUGAUCAAGCCUCGGAAGCGCGACGAGAGCUUCCGGCGCUGGGUCGGGCGCAACCUCGACAAGUCGAUCCUCGGCGCGAUCAUCGAUCUCUUCCAAGCCUUUCUCGGGCUCAUCGUCACGGGCCUCUAUGGCCAUAAAAACUGGGCUGGCUGGGACAACACACCCGACGCGGCGGGACUGCGCUAUGUCCACGCGCUCAUCGGGUCGGUCUUCCUCUUUGACUAUUGCCUUCGAUGCUUUGCGGCCGACAACCGUCAGUCGCAUGUGCUGGCGCCGCUGGCCAUCAUGGAUUUUCUCGCGGUUUUUCCGCAAUUUACCGAAGUCGUCUUCUCCGACGCCACCCACGAAACCCAUGCGCUUUGGUUUGGCGCCGUCCGGACGCUGCGACCGUUCCGAAGUCUCUGCUUCUUCCGGCUCGUGCCCUUUACGUCAACGGCCAAGCAGCGCGAGUCCGUCACGCUGGUGAUCACUGUGACGUGCAUCAUCAUUUGCUUUGGUGGUAUGCAACAGGCAAUCGAGGCGUGUCCGUGUACCACGCGCGGCGCCAACGUCACGCAGGCCAUGCGUGCCGUGCAGGCCACCGACUGCCAGAACCUAACGUUCUACAACGCCAUCUACUUUGUCGUGAUUACAACCGCGACUCUAGGGUCGGGCGACAUUGCACCCAAGUCGCAAAUGGGCCGACUUGCCGUGAUCAUUCUCAUCAUUGCGUCCAGCCUUCUCUUGCCGCUUCAAAUCUCGACACUCAGCGACGUUCUGAACCGAGAAACCGAGUACGACAAGGCAUUUACGCACCGAAAGGAGAAGCACCCACACGUGCUCAUUUGCGGCGACGUCAACUCGGGCGCACUCGACUUCUUUUUGCGGCAAUUUCUGCACCCGACCAACAUGAACUGGAAGGACAAGGUUGUGAUUCUAUCGCCAACACUGCCAUCCAGCAACCUCAAGCGCAUUUUACUGAACGGCGCGUACGAGCAGCGCGUCAAGUACCUCCAGGGCUCGGCCAUGUCGGACGCCGACCUCCAGCGCGCCAGUGCGUCGACUGCGCGGCUCUGUUUUGUCUUGGCCAACAAACUGUCGCCGGACGCCGACCAGAGCGACACGGCGUCCAACUUUAUCACAAUCUCGCUCCGGCACUUCAACAAACACGUCCCUAUUUUCGUCCAAGUGCUCAAGUCGGACAACAUAAAGCACGUGUCGCUUUCGGGCGCCAACAACAUCUCGUGCGUCGAUAUGCUCAAGCUCGGUAUUCUUGCGAAAUCGUGCUUGAUGCCGGGCACGGCGGCCUUGAUCUGCAGCAUUCUCUUCACGCUGCGGCCCUUGAUUGACCAGCGGGACGGGUCGUGGCCGGCCGAGUUUCUCUCGGGCUGCAGCCAGCACUUGCACGAAGUGCAUUUGCCCGUGUACCUGGACCGGCUCGUCCCGUUCGAAUUUUUUGCCCACGUUUUGUACCAUGAAUAUCACAUGGUGCCGAUUGGCGGCUGCGGCGGCGACGGCUCGUACUUUCUCUUUACGCCGUCGCGCAUCCUCGGCGCCGACAUGGUGCUCUACGUCCUCUCGUCCGACCUUGACGCGGCCCUGACCGUCGCCGGGCUCGCAUUGCCGACACUGCAAAAGUACAAGGCGCGGGUGACCAACUUUGACAAGAUCAUCCAAGCGUGGAAUCGCACGACGUUUUCCACCAAAUUGAAGACAGCAGCACGCGCGUCGCGGGCGUCGUUCAGCUCGUCGGUCAAAGCGUCCAUAACGCGCGUCGGAUCGCUCUCCAACAUCCUUCGCCCCGGCUCGACGAGCGCCAAGCCCGAGUCCACUUCCAAGUCGCGAGCAGGAUCGCGUAUUAGCCCCGUCAUGCCCUAUUCGUUUGUCGACGACGAGACUCUAACCGCGCGCACGAGCGAGGUGCCGUCGACACCGUCGACACCCGCGAACGACGACGCACCGCCAUCGUCGCACGAGUCGGGCGCGUGUUUUUUUUUACCCACGGCCCUUGCACGCCACGUGGUGCUCUGCGGCAUGCCGCAUUCCCUCCACGACUUUAUCGCGCCGCUGCGGCAAGAGCGGGCACCGCCCCCCGGCCUCGGGGGCACGCACCAUUUGAGCAAUGUGCCCAUUGUCGUGAUUGCACUCGCCCGCAUGACCCCGAAAGAGCACGCCGCCUUCACCACCAAGAGCAUUGUGAUUUUGCGCUCGUGCGGCAGCACGGUCCGCAACAGCAGCGACCUCAUUGACCAAAACCUUGUGGAUAUGGACGCCAUCACCGUGCAUCGGUUCAUAUCGGAUGUCUGCGCCAUGCACACGCCAUCCGAGCUGCCUCGCCCCAUGAUCCUCAUCGAACUCAGUCGACCCAAUAGCCUUCGGUUCCUACGUGAUGAAAGCGGCGCCGUGGACGACGACGAGAGGGCGUCGAUGAAACGACUCACGCGACUUGUCAUUUCCCGCGCCGACGAUCCGCUCGACAAUAUUUGCCACCCGCUGUAUGCAUCCGGACAUGUCUUUAUUGCGAAUGCGCUGGACGCGCUCAUGGGCAAUUGCAACAAGUACGGCAGCGUCAUUGACGUUGUGCAAUUGCUCGUGCUUGGCGACAACUCGAGUGGCGCCCCGUGCGCGCUCGACCAGAUUGACGUGCCGCGGACGCAGUGGGGCCGGCCGUACAUUGCAGCGCUGGAAGCGCUUUUGAAACACCAUGGCGUGCUCUGUCUCGGCGUGUACCGCGUGCGGGCAGAAAAUGCCAAAUUUGUGCAUAUCAACCCACCCCCCGAUGUUAUCCUCAACGCCCACGACAAACUCUUUGUCCUUCGCUAG